AUGAGCAGUGAACUCGCUGACUUUGACGGGGAUGACGUGAAGAACACCGUUGUCUUGUCGCAUCCGAUUGGUGUGGGCAUGGGCACCCAUAGCGCCGUCGCCCUUGGUGGCUUCCAGGACUUCUGCCUCAAAAGUGAGCUCGCCAACGCCAUCCGCGAGAACGGCUUCGAGCACCCCUCCGAGGUUCAGCAUCAGGCGCUGCCGCAGGCGAUGUUAGGCGCCGAUAUCCUCGCGCAGGCGAAGUCAGGCAUGGGCAAGACCGCCGUCUUUGUCUUCGCGCUCCUAGAACAGAUCGAAAAGGUGCCGGAGGGGCAAAAGUCGUUCUGCCAGGCGAUCGUCCUGGUCCACGCCCGGGAGUUGGCGUACCAGAUUGAGCAGGAGUUCAAGCGGUUCAACAAGUACCUACCCUACGCCACCACGGCAGUCUUCUUUGGGGGUGUUCUCGAGGACGAGAACAUCAAGCAGCUGAAGCGCGCGGUGCCUGCGAUCGCGGUGGGCACGCCCGGCCGCAUGAAGGCGCUCAUCCAACGUAAGGCGUUGGACGUGGCGCAUGUAAAAUGGUUUGUCGUGGAUGAGUUCGAUCGCUGCCUAGAUGACAUUAAGAUGCGGCGCGACGUGCAGGAGAUAUUCAUGAAGCUGCCGAAAGAGAAGCAGGUGAUGAUGUUUUCCGCGACCAUGACGGAUGAGAUGCGCACGGUGGCCAAGAAGUUCAUGAACAACCCGACUGAGAUCUACGUGGAUCAGCGUGCGAAGCUCACACUGCACGGUUUAUCUCAAUAUUACAUGAACCUGACCGAGGCCCAGAAGCUCCGCAGCCUUUGCGAUAUCCUCGAUGCGGUCGAGUUCAAUCAGGCCAUCAUUUUUACCUCGUCCGUCGAGCGUUGUGAGGGCCUCAACCGACAGCUGCAGAUGCUGAAGUUUCCAUCACAGGCGGUGCACUCGCGUAUGGACCAGAAGGACCGCCUGAGAGUGUACGAAAGCUGUAAGACCAACCACACGCGUGUUAUCGUCAGCACGGACCUCUUCGGCCGCGGCGUCGACAUCGAUCGCAUCAACCUUGUCGUGCAGUUUGACAUGGCUUCCGACGCCGACAGCUAUCUCCAUCGCGUCGGCCGCGCCGGCCGCUUCGGUACCAAGGGCCUCACCAUCGCCUUCAUCACAGCUGAGGAGAAGGAGAUCAAGCGCGAGAACCGCAAGUACACGGAUGCUGGCAUCAUGAAGGAGGUUCAGGACCGCUUCGAAAUGCAGGUCAAGGAGCUCACUGAUAUCAAAGCCCAGCUCAACGAGAGCCAGUACAUGAACCAGUAG